CAUGGAAGGCGCCAGUCGUCUUUCGGCAACACUCGAGGAACGAUCGUCCAGCAGCAAUUCCAACCCAAAGUCUCUUAACUAGUAUAUCCUACGUUAAUAUUUCUUUGACAAAUUCGAUAUAGACAUUUCACAGUUGACAGUGAUUGAAACUUGUGACUGCUUUUUAAGUGCUUGUGUCUUUACAGUGUGACAUUCUUUUACGCCAAUCAAAUAAGUCGGAACCAAUUCGUUAUAAAGGAGUUCAAGGAAUGCUUUCCCAACCGCUUCCAAAUUUAGCGCAGCCCAACAAGGCCAUCAGCAACUGUGAGUCGCAGCAGCAGCAGCAUCAGUCUUCCCAGCAGCAUCAGCAGCAGCAGCAGCACGCCAAAUUAAUGCGCAUCAAACACAACCAGUUGGUGGUGAAUCAGGUGGACGAAAAAGCCCCGCCGCCGUCCGUUUGCCUCGUCAUGGAGGAAAACCUUCGAAUGCGCAGAGCCAUCGGCGAUGCGGUGAUGACUCUGACCCAGUGGGUCCACGAGACGAAAGAUCAAAACGGCAACGUUGCCUCGUUGGUCGACCGGAUGAAGGAAUCGGUGCAGAAAUACAACAGCCAGCCGGAAGACGUGCUCAAAGCCAUUGCCACCCAGAUGGAAGCUCGUGAAUCCGAAUGGGCGGCUGAGCGGCUGGCCUUCCAAGAGAAGGAGCGCGUUUGUAAACAAAUUAUUUUCAACCUUCAGCAAGAUAAUUACAGGCUCAGGAAAUCGCGCAUCUAUGCGCUGACACCGCGCGGACCGAGCGCCUACUGAACUCUUCAUUUGUAUUGCGUAGGCCUAUGGCUAAUUAGGUUUAGUAAUUGUCUGACUAUAUUAUAUGUAUAAUCAUCUCGAAAGUGUGUGCAUCAAUCGCGGAGUGAGAUAUUGAAUCGUUUUGUUUGUUUUUCUAAUCCAAAUGGGUUGCGUUAUUGAGUUUGGCUGAUGAUGAAACCGUUCAACGUUUUAUUAAUGCAAAAGAAAGUUUUUUUUUCCUACCUAUAUUGUUUUAUACAAAUUAUAACUGAAACAUUGUAUGCAGUUUGGAUUAAUAAAAAGUAUUUUCCUUUGGAAAUCGAAAGUAUA